UUUUUUUAUCAAGUUCAAAUGUAUUGAGUGCACACAUAAUUGAUAUUGCCCUGGUGAUGGUUCGCAUUUUCGCAGUAAACUUGCAACUCGCUAAAUUUAAUUUACACGAUUUCAGAAAAGUUACGUAGCGUUUUUUGGCCGAUCUAUAGAAGUUUCGGAAUAACAGCCCAUCUACUAGUGGAAACAAACUUGCGAAACCGUUGUUUCCCUAUUUACGCGGCUAAUGUCAAAGUUCUCUCAAUAAAGAACUGCCUCCGGCGAUUCUCUUACGAAAGUAUUUAUGAAGCUCUUGCAAUAAAUAAACGAAUAGAAAUAUAUUCUAACGAAGACCGAUUCCGUGAAAUUAAGUUCAAUUAUUAAGAAAUUGUUUUCAAAAUCAAUAUCGCGAUAUCUAUCUCAUUUUCUCUCUGCGAAAGAUAAUUCUCUUUAUAAUAAAAUUAUAAAUUUAUUCAUUUAAACUUAUUAAUUAUAAAAACAAUUUCUAAAAUAUUCAGUUUUCACAUUGUGAUUUCUUAUAAAUUGAGAUGGAUAAUAUGUCAAUUUGCAUUGCCAUGAUAACAAUCGGGCAUGUUGAAGAGCUUUGAAUUGUAUAGCGACAAGAUAUGAAUAAAGUUAAUAAUGAAUUCUCGCAGAUUUACAUUCAUAGACUUCGCAGAUUUUCGUUAAAAGUUACAUGCUCAUAGCUUCAGAAUAUUUUCAAGAAUGCAACAUAAUGAGAGAGAAUCAUUGAUAAAACUCCGCUCUAUUGCUGAAAGAUAUUACUUUCCAUUCGCUGAGAAUACCUUCGCGAGAUAACACAGAAGAAAUUUUCUCUCAUUUUUUUUCCAUUUAUACGUUUAGAAGAAAAUAAACAUACAACGUUGAAUGUAAAAUAUACGUGACGAAUGUCGUACUUAACGAUAUAUGUACAUGCAAAGAAAUUGUGUUACGGCUCGCAUUGGAAAGACGUUAGCAAAAAGAUUUAUAUGGAUUUAAGAAGUCACUUUUGCACAGAUAAAGGAUGAUUUACAGGCUACAGCUCAGUUGAAUUUUGACAUGAGCAAACGUAAAAGAUGGAAAGAGACAUAUUGCACAAAUGCAUUAGAAAAUAAAGUCGAUUUUUAUAUCUUAAUAUGUGAGAAAUGAAUUUGAUAGAAGACAAUAGAUCAAAAUAUCAUCUAAUAUUAUUAUAUAAAAAUUAAAUUUUGAAGUGUUUAAUUUUCUAAAUUUUAAAAAUUAAGAUUAAAAUUUGUAUAACUUAAAGCUCAUAAUAAUUAAAUUUUUUAAAUUUUAAACGUCAUUUUUAUAUAAUGUAUACAUUAAUUUCAUUAUUCUUUUUAAUUUUUUUUGUUUAAACUGAAGCAGAGAUUUUCACGUGGUUCACGUGGAAAAUCGUUGCGCAGUUUGACUGAGAUUUUUGUCAACGUAUUUUUAACAUUUCAAAAAAAACCUCAUGUUACGGAAAGCGCGAAUUUACGUAUAUUCACUAAAAGCCUAUUUCAUGAGAUGUGUGAAAUGACAAGCACAAAAUUAGUUUAGAUUUUUUUUAUAAUAAAAAAUAUAUACGUAUGCAUAUUCUUAUUUAUAAUGUUAUUAUAAAUUACCUCCUUUAUCAAGCUAAUUUCUUGUAGUACUUGUUAAGAAAUGCGUUUUUUUUAAUGUUAAAAAAUGUUCUAUAAAUAAAAUUAUAACGCAAACCUAUAUAGUUCAACUCAUUAAUCAUUGAUAAUAAUGAUUUUUUAUAGCGAGUUAUCAAGAAUUAUAGAAAGGCCUCAAGGAGCGUUUUAACGAAUUUUAAUGAGAAAUAAAACUAUUACUUUGCCAAGCUUUUUAAUUCGGAUAAUUUAUAAAUAAUUUAUAUUAAUGUAUAAUUUAUAUUUUACCUGAGGUGACAUUUCUUUCAAAACAUUAAAGUAAAUUAGAGAAAAUUUUGAAACACGCAGAAAAUUGUCAAUUAGAUAAAAAUCAUUUACAAAAAUGUUAACAAACUAAGGUAAAUAAAAAAAUUUUUUUUAAAUACACUUUUUUAUUAAUCUCUGCAAGAUUAAAACAAUCACGUUGAAAAACACACAUGAUUGGUAGAAAAUAUAAUUUUUAAGGAAAAUGUUCUUUCGAGAAAAAUAACAAUGCUAGUAGUUAUUAAAUUGUAUAUUUUUAUGAAAACAAAUUGCUCUUAAAAUUUCUUUUUCAUCACAAUUACUAUAGAAACUUCUUCAAUCUCUCUAUUUAAAAAAUAAAAUAAAAAAAAAACUUUCUGAUCAUUAAAACAAUCGUGUAGAAUAUUAAAACGUUAGUCAAUGAUGCGAAAUUUUUUGUGAAGUUUUAACAAUCUUUAGAAAGAGAUUUGAGUAAUCUGAUUUGAGAGGAGAUAUGUCGAAGGAAAUUCGCUAUCAGUAGAAUCUACAGACAGAGCAGUUGACAAGUGUCUGUGGUAGUAUCAAGAUCAUUACGCUCAGUUUGUAUUUAGCAACGUUCUAUUGCGGAUGACAGCUCGUUUUAACAUCUUCAUCGCGAUGGAUGUCUAAUUAUUGGAUCGACAGCGCCGAUUGACGAACAAAAUCGAUCGGUGACCUUGUCUAACUCGCAAAAACAUAUGUUUCGUUUGAAAUUACAAACAUUCGUGUGUUUUUCGAGUACAGUCGACGUUAUUCUUCGUCUCACGGCGAGCGCUAAAUUGUAAACAGCGUGUCUUCCAGCACGAGCGAGAGUAUUUUGUAAUUUCGUUUAUAGCGAUUGAAAGUGGAAUUUCGAUCAUUGCGAUAUUGCGAGGUUUCCAAAUACAUUGCGGUUUCAUCGUCGCGGAAGUUGGAGUACGUGAAAAUUAAAAAAAAAAGGAGUUUGAAAAAAUAAAAAGUGGAAACUGUAGCGCGACAAUUGUGUAGUGACGGUCGAUCGUGGAUUGUAACACUGCGUAAAUACGAGACGAAUUUCAAAUGUAAUAUUUGCUAUUACUGUAACUGUUCGAGUACGAUUCUAAUGAUUAUAAUCUAAUUUUAAUUAAAUUAUAAUUACAAUUCUCGCUAUAUAUACUGCGAAACUUGUGCGAAACUUGAGCGAAACUCGAGUGUAAAACAAUUGUUCGUAGUAUUCGGAAAUCAAAACGAGGAACGUUUAUCUUGUCAAACAGCAAUAAACGUAUCCGCAAGUUUUAUCAGCACGUCGCGCGAGAUUGUCCUCGAAGGGCAGCCUAGUACGAACAUCGCAUUCGGAAUGGAAAUGGAAUCACUUUCGUAUGCAGCCUCGGGAUUCGGUUGGAAAAGCUAAGAACAUAUAAGUGGAAUAUUAAACUAGCCGCUUCGCGUUAGUUUCUUUUCCGGAAGGAGAUUCCGCGAGAAGGCCACGCCGUCGCAAGUAGGCGCGAGUGACCCAUUAACUCAAGAGUCCAGCAGAGGAAAAUUCGUUUGACGGAUUAUCGGAGGCUAAGCGUUUCUUUGUUCGCGAUACGCGCGAUACGCGAUAUAUCAGAAUGUGGAUACGCGAAGGUGUUGCCACGACGAGCCGAACCAGCUUGUGAUACAUCAUCAUCGCGAGAAGGUCAUCCGCGAGAGCAUGGGGACGUCGAGCCAGGAUGAAAACGGAACGCUCGAUUUCUGGCGGGACUGGGAUCUGAGCGAGCUGACCGAGGUCGAGUACCUGAACAAGGUGCUGGGGCCCAAGUACCUGUCUCCCAGGCUGGUGAUACCGCUCACGGUCGCCUACGUGGUGAUCUUCAUCACCGGGAUCUUCGGCAACGUCGCCACGUGCACGGUUAUCGUUCGGAACUCGUCCAUGCAGACAGCCACCAACUAUUACCUCUUCAGUUUGGCCAUAUCCGACCUCACUUUACUUAUACUAGGUCUCCCCAAUGAGUUGAGCGUGUUCUGGCAGCAAUAUCCGUGGGCCCUGGGCACAGGGCUUUGCAAAAUUCGGGCGUAUGUCUCAGAAAUGUCAUCCUACGUAUCAGUUCUCACGAUCAUGGCUUUCUCUAUGGAAAGGUAUUUGGCCAUCUGUUAUCCGUUGCACGUCUAUUCGAUAAGCGGUCUCAAAAGACCGGUACGUUUUAUCCUUGCAGCCUGGUUGAUUGGAAUGGUCUCGGCCAUACCGUUCGCGAUCUAUACUAAGGUCAAUUUCGUCGAAUAUCCGCCAGGAUCGGGAAAUUACUCGGCUGAUUCGGCGAUUUGCGCGAUGCUUCUGCCUGACAUGCCAAAGUUCCCCCUUUACGAACUUAGUUGCAUCAUAUUCUUUCUGAUACCGAUGCUCGUGAUCCUCGUGGUAUACACAAGGAUGGGAUUAAAGAUCAAGAGCAGUACCAAAGAAACACUUGGACCAAUACAAGGCUCCCACGUUCAUGGCGAUCAUCAACAGGUUCACUCCAGAAAAUCUGUCAUCAGAAUGUUAAGCGUGGUCGUCAUAAUGUUCUUCCUUUGCUGGGCCCCAUUUCACGCUCAGCGUUUACUUUACAUCUACGCACAGGAAUCCGAUUAUUACCCGGACUUAAACGAAUGGCUCUACAUUCUGAGUGGCUGUCUGUAUUACUUUAGCACCACCGUCAAUCCGAUUCUCUACAAUUUGAUGAGCAUCAAAUACCGCCACGCAUUCAAACAAACGAUAUGCUGUAGAACAAAAAGGCCGACGAGUGAAAUUUUAACAGUCAAGGAAUUUCAUCCGCGCAGAUGUGAUUCUACAAACGAACCGUAUGACCAAAGUGUUAAGUGCUCUGUUAGGCAUAUGAUAGCCCAAGCCAAAGAGAUAUUUUGUUUUACAUCAAGCCGACAGGAAAAUAUCAAGGAUAAUAAGAGAAAUAAUGAAAAUGCAAGCAAUUUUCCUCAAAAUGCUUAUUUGUUGCAAAAAGAAGAUUCAACCUCGACGUUUCUCUUUGAACGAGGGCACCUUCUCGCUCAUCAGCAGCCUAGCAAUGAAACAACGUCCACGAAAAGAUCGGAAGAUGCUGUUUCCAUAGCAGUCUAAAAGCAAUCUGUGAUCUAUUUUCACUCACUUUUAUCUAGAUGCAGUUAUAAUGCGCGUAGCUGUAAAUAAAACUAGGCAGACUGAAUUCUCGAUUAUAAAUGCCUGAAAGGUUUUAUUGUUUUGUAAAUAGGUAGACAGCUUGAAUUUUAAUUUUUUUUUUAUCAAUUGUAAUAACGCGCCAAAAUUGAUUUUAUACUAUUUAUUUCAAAAUAAAAUUUUACACAUGUUAUGCCUGACAUUUAUUUUACGUUUGUGAAUUUAUGCAAUUUUAGAAAGCAAAUGUUUAAAAUCUCGAUAUGAGAAAAAUAAUAAUUUUCGUCAAAAUCCCGAUACGGUUACUUUCAUACAAAGAUCGCGAUACGCUUUAUAUCUCGGUGAGCUAUACUUUAAUGAAAAUAAAUUUACAGUAUUAAUGGUUAGAAGUUUUUUUAAUUCAUUGGAGAGUUCCAACACGUUUCAGCAACAAUAUUAUCCUGUUAAUUUGUUCUCCGAAUCUGUUAAUUCUCGACAUGUAACGUAUACCUUUUUGCAUAAAUAAAAUGCUAAUUGUAUUAAUUAA